AUGAAGACGUAUUUUAUGUUAUUAAUUGUUCUAAUACUAAUCAGCUUCGUAAAGCCUUCAGAUUUCAGUGACGACUAUAACCAUAGAAAACGGUCAUCAUUUUAUCCCGACAAUUACUAUUUUCCAUAUCAUACUUUACGCAAUCGUGAAUAUCAAGAUAGUGUAAAUUAUGACCGCUCUUAUCCUCCAAUACCGAAAAGAACUACAGAAAAAGAAGAAGAUUAUGGUGUAAAAUCAUAUUCAUCAGAUUAUUAUGGUAUUCAUGACAACAACGACGGGUUUAAGGACCCAUAUCCUCCAAUACCGAAAAGACCUACAGAAGAAAAUGAAGAUUAUCGUGUAAAAUCAUAUUCAUCAGAUUAUUAUGGUAGUGAUGACAACAACGAUGGGGUUAAGGUAUAUCCUACGAUACCGAAAAUUACAAAAGAAGAAUAUAGUGUAAAAUCACAUUCAUCGGAAGAUUAUUCUAGUAAUUAUAGCAACGAUGAGGUUAAGAAACAAGGAAAACCAAUUUACAACAUUGAAGAUGCACCGGAGUUGUUCAAGAAAUUCAUAAAAGACUACAAUAAACAGUAUAAAGAUGACGAAGACUACAAAAAACAUUAUGAUAAUUUUGUGAACAGUUUGAAGGAGAUCAAUACGACCAAUUCAUCAAAUGCGACUUACACGGCUGAUAUAAAUAUGUUGUCUGAUGCUGGUAGUGAACUUUGGGCUAUUUUAAGUGGUAUUGAAAAAUAA